UUACAAAGACAUAUAAGCUUAUCAUAUAUUAUACUCGUAUUAGAUUGUUACAAUGGCGAGCGAAAGGGAUCCCCUAUUGGCUCCCCCAACCGCCAAUGACGAAGGGAAAAACAGAAAGAAACGUUCCUUGGACGACACCAUCGAACGUUGUAUCGGAAAGUUUGGGUGGGUCCAGCUUCUGCAAGCCACGCUGGCAUCUCUGGCAUGGAUAUUCGACGCCCACCAAACCUUCAUCACCAUCUUCACUGACGUGGUGCCCACGUGGCACUGCAACGAUUCGUCUUCCUCGUCGCUCUGUACGGCUGAUGUUUGCCAGCUUCCCAAGGAGGCGUGGGGGUGGGACACGCCGGCGCACACCUCCGUGGUUUCCGAGUGGGGCCUACAGUGUGCCGGGGCGGUUAUUACCGGCCUGCCGUCAACCUCGUACUUUGUCGGGAGUCUGGUCGGCGGAAUCGCGCUGUCCACGUUAGCCGACUCCUCGUUUGGGCGGAAGAGAAUGCUGGCGUUGUCGUGCUUACUAAUGAACGUGGCCGCCGUCCUCACGGCGGCGGCCUCCAACGUGUGGGUGUACUCGUCGUUGAGGUUCCUGACGGGGUUCGCGCGGUCGAUCAUCGGAACCUGCGCCCUGGUUUUGUCGACGGAGGUUGUCGGGAGGCGGUGGCGGGGACAGGUAGGGAUCAUAGGCUUCAUUUGUUUCACUUUCGGCUUCCUCUCUUUGCCGGCCAUGGCGUAUUUCAAUGCCGGGUCUUCCUGGAGAUAUCUCUACCUCUGGACCGGCAUCCCGGGGGUGAUAUACUCUGUUAUAGUCUAUUUCGUCGCCGGAGAAUCUCCGAGGUGGCUUUAUGUCCGAGGACUAAAACAAGAUUUUGUCCAAACCAUAAAAAACAUCGCGCCGCCGGAGACGCGUAACAGCAUAACCACCAGCUUCUUCGGCUCCUUCAUUCUAGACAAUUCCGACCACGAUCAAGACAGGGAGGGGAUGGAUUUAUACGCGGCUCUAAAGCUGCUGCUAAACAAAGGGUGGGCUUUGCGGCGGCUGUUAACGGUGAUGUUAGUCUCCGUCGGGACAGGGAUAGUGUACUACGGAAUCCCGUUGGGUGUCGGGGAAAUGCCGUUGAAUCUCUACCUCAGCACGACGUUAAACGCCUUGGCGGAGCUGCCGGCGUCGCUGACGACGUUCUUGCUGAUAGACAAGCUGAAGCGGCGGAGCUCGGUGGUGGGGUUAGGGCUGCUGAGCGGCGCGUGUUGCGUUGGGUGCGCGGUGUUCGUGAGCGAGGAGUUGAAGUGGGUCCAGAUCGGGCUGGAAAUCGUGGGGUUCUUCAACGCCUGCACGGCGUUCAACGUGCUCUUGAUAUACACGCUGGAGCUCUUCCCGACCUGCGUGAGGAACUCGGCGGUGUCGAUAGUGAGGCAAGCCAUGAUGCUCGGCGGCGCCAUCAGCCCGCUGCUGGUGGCGCUGGGGAGAACCAACAGGUUUUACUCCUACGGGGUUUUCGGACUCGCAAUCGGUGUGUGUUGCUUGUUUGUGAUUUGCUUGCCGGAGACAAUGGGGGGAGAAAUCUGCGACACAAUUGACGAGGAGGAGAGCAAGGGGAACGGAAUAAGCAAUGUUUGAAAUAAUACGGUGGCCGCCGCCGCCGCCGUAAAGUGUACCGUUUGUCACUCUUGCUUUGCAUGCACACAGUAAUUAAAUUUAAUUACCGUGAUGGGCCCAUGGCACUAUUGUACUUAA